AUGUCUUUAACUUCUUUUAUUACUAUCCAUGAAGAAAUUUCCCGCCUCCACUCAUUGAAAUUAAUAACAACUAAUGAAUAUGUUAGAUUAACGGCUUAUUCUAUCCAUUUCUCCGACCAGAUACCUAACAUAGAAGAAUCAUUAAAAUAUGGCCCUGAUAGUGUUAAAAUUGAACAUCUUAAAAGAUUUUUAGACGAUGAAGAACAAAUAUGUCUUGGAAAACGUUCACAUUCAUUCUCAUUUCCUGAGCCAGAAACACAAAAUUCAAAGAGAAAUAAAAUUUCUUUUGAUUCCUUGCUGAAGCUUAGAAAACACAUUUCAGCUGACAAACCACCUGUUUUAUUCAUUUCCUUUGUCCCUCAUCCUGACAUACAAAAGCAAAUUUGUGAUCAGAUUUGCUCAAAUAUCUUCCUUGUAUAUGGAACAAACCGAACUCAAGAUUAUCAGGGUAUUAAUCUUUCUGGUGGUAGUGGUGUUGGAAAGACUCGUAUAGGAUUUGAAAUCAAGAACUUUAUUACUAAAGAUGAACGGAUUCAAACAUAUGUGAAAAAGUUGAAAGUAACCUUCAAACAUAUUUUUAUUAGCAUGAAAGAGAUUUUAAAUUUUCUUGGAGAAGAACGAGAACGGGAUCCUGAAACUAAAAUAUAUCCUCAAAUUCCUGAAGAUUUCAACAAAGCAGAAAAUGUUCUUAUCAUGUUAAUUGCAAUAUAUUUUUUUGCAAAAGUGUGGACUAGAUCAAGUAUUGAGAAGUGUAAAGAAUUAAUAUCUGAAACUAUGAACUAUAAGGAAAUUAUUAAAUUAAUUCGUAAAGAAAUGAAACUGGAUGAAGAUGCCCAUUUAGUCUUAAUUUUGCAAAUUGAUGAUUUUCAGUUCUCACCUUAUUGGACAGUCGUAUUACUUCGCAUCAUAUCUUACAUUGUGGAAACUAAUAAGACAUUAAUAUUUUCAGUAUGUACUGGCACUGAACCAUCUAAAAUUUCAAAUUUGUAUGGGUUCUUUGCAUCACAAUAUAGAACUAACAAUAUUAAUUUACCACCUAUAAACUUCACUCAGUUCAUUAAGUAUUAUGAAGAGAAUUAUAAUGUUUAUCAAUUGGAAAAAUAUUCUCCUCCUGAUGGACCUUUGACGAAAAGUCAUCAUUUUGUCUUAGAAAAAAAAAUAGAAUAA